ACUUGGAUACUAGCAGUGCAGUCAGUGAGCCCCGAACUCGGCUGCGCUGCUCAGAGAUGGCGUCCCUUCUGCAGCCAGACAGAGUUAACUAUCUGGUUCGUGGAGAGAAAAGGAUCAGAGCCCCUUUAUCUCAACUUUAUUUCUGUCGCUACUGCAGUGAACUGCGCUCUCUGGAAUGUGUGUCUCACGAGGUGGACUCCCACUAUUGUCCAAGCUGUCUGGAGAACAUGCCAUCUGCAGAGGCUAAGCUGAAAAAGAACAGGUGUGCAAAUUGUUUUGACUGCCCUUGUUGCAUGCACACACUGUCUACCCGAGCCACCAACAUCCCAGCUCCUCUACCUGAUGAUCCUACCAAGACGGCCAUGAAGAAGGCCUACUACCUGGCCUGCGGCUUCUGUCGCUGGACGUCCAGGGACGUGGGAAUGGCUGACAAAUCAGUUGCCAGCGGUGGAUGGCAAGAGCCAGAGAACCCUCAUACUCAGCGGAUCAACAAGCUGAUUGAGUAUUACCAGCAGCUGGCCCACAGAGAGAAACAGGAGAGAGACAGGAAGAAGCUGGCCAGGAGACGACAGUGCAUGCCUCUGGCGUUCUCGCAACACACUAUUCAUGUGGUGGAAAAAUAUGGCCUUGGAACCAGGCUGCAGCGGCAGAGGUCUGGAGCUCCCAUAUCAAGCCUGUCUGGCCUUUCCCUUAAAGAGGGUGAGGACCAGAAGGAGAUCUCCAUCGAACCUGCCCAGGCCCUUGAUGAAGUGGAGCCCCUGCCUGAGGAUUGUUAUACUCGGCCCAUCAGCUUACCGGAGGUGACCACGCUGCGCCAGCGGCUCCUGCAGCCCGACUUCCAGCCUGCAGGAGCUUCUCAGCUCCACCCCAGACACAAACACCUCCUGAUGAAGCGCUCGCUGCGCUGCAGGAAAUGUGAGCACAACUUGAGCAAGCCAGAGUUUAAUCCUACUUCAAUCAAGUUUAAAAUCCAGCUGGUGGCUGUGAGUUACAUCCCUGAAGUGAGAAUCAUGUCCAUUCCAAAUCUCCGGACCAUGAAGGAGAGCCAAGUUCUGCUGACCCUGACCAACCCAGUGGAGAACAUCACCCACGUCACAUUGGCUGCUUGUGAGGAUGAAGAUCCUGAUGACAUCAACAGCACUGCAAAGGUUAUGGUACCCAGCAAAGAGCUGGUUUUGGCAGGAAAGGAUGCUGCUGCUGAAUACGAUGAACUGGCUGAACCUCAGGACUUCCAGGAUGACCCAGAUGUUGUUGCCUUCAGGAAAGCCAACAAGAUUGGUUUCUUCAUCAAAGUGAUCCCUCAGAAAGAAGAGGAUGCCGACGUCACCGUUUCAUUUAAGAUCCGACAUGACUUCCGCAACCUCGCGGCUCCAGUCAGGCAGAGCGAGGAGGGGGCCGAACCCGUCACCGAGGCCAUUUGGCUCACGCACCACGUAGAGUUGAGGCUGGGGCCACUCGCCCCCUGAACACAAUUACCAUCAAACAGUCCUAGUGUUGAGUUCUUUGAACUAAUUUCUGUAAACUUUGGGAUGAAUCUAAUUUAAAAAUGAUUUCUGAUUCUGCUUAUUUUUGUCUGUUAAGAAAUGUUUGAUCAGCUUAAUAUACAGUUGUUUCAGAGUUUUAGCUCAAGUUGCAUCAUCGGAUUCAUGCAUGACAGCCCAGUUCAUAAAACCCACUUCUUUUUUGUUUGCUGUAACGAUAUACUGUAUUCCUCCAUCAUCUUUCUCUUCAGCCGAAACACCUUCCAACAGUAAGAAGCACUUUUGAAGCGUGAGGUUACCUACAGGAAAGAGGACCUGAAAUAUGCAUCACACUAAAUAAAUGUGUUAUUGUGCUACAUACAGUAUUUUCUAAAAUUGCAACUACAAGUAGACCUUGUUUUACUGAAAUGUGUCUGCUGUGGAUUUGUGUGUGUAAUUUUAAUGUACGUGAAAUAUAGCAGUUUAAGUUCAAAGAUGACUGAAUGGCAUUCUGUAACAUCCAGAAUAUAGAAACGUUAGAGGAUAAAUGAGUGAUGAGCAGAAUCAGAAAUCAUAGUCGAGAACAAUCCGAACAAUUCCCACCUGUGCCGCACACUCCUCUGCGCUUUCAGCUUAUAUAUCCUCGCCAAAAUCCUUUUCUGCAGACAGUAAUAUCGUAUUAACUCGCAUGCUUCAGCUGUAGUAAAUAAUAACGCACAUGUUAGACGACAUCAUCACAUUUACUGAUCCUGUACUGUUCUUAGUUGAAGGUGAUAACUGCCCGUAAUUUUCUUUUGUCUAAGGUCAAACAGUAACCCUCACUGGUACAAUGGAGAAGAUGAACAUGAAGCUUUGUAAACUACAUUAAGUGUUCAUUAUUUAAAUGUAUUGAGACACUAUCAAUUUCUUUCUGAUUUAACAAUGUAUCCUCCUGGUUUGUAGAACUCACUGACCUCUGCCAGUGAAUAUCGUAAGCUGCUGUUAAUUUUGGUCUCAAGUGUGUUAGUAAAACAGAGCCUUACAACACUGUUAAUCUUCUGUACCGCCUAAUAAAAUAUCAAUAUCCUGA